GCAUGAAAUUUGGGUCUUAUGCGCCUUACAAAUCGAAGUCUUUUGAGACCAGAGUGCGGUACUAGAGUUUCGGUUCGUAUCUGUGUCUGAUCCGUACGCGGUAGCAGCUCUAUUAUCAUGAUGUUAGAGAAGUGUUUACUGAGAAGUAGAGGACGAGAACAGAAAGGUAAUCGGUUGUGGUCGAAUUCGAUCUUGCGAGCUAAUGCUGAGAGUGUGGCUGAUGUCGUCGAACUGUGCGAGUUUGACCUACAUAGAUACACCAAAGUUGGUCAAGCUACCCACCUGCUCCGAAGACUCCUGUACCUCUUCUAUGCCCCUGAGCAUGUAUCCUGCUGUCCCACGACGACUUACUCACAGUAACGAAUUUAUGUCAGUACUUAAGUAUGUACUUUUGAUGCCGAAGCCGAUGAACGAGAAAGAGAAGUAUAAGCAAUUCACUCACAACGACGACAAGAAUCAGGAGAAACCAGGGAGUUUUUGAUUGAGUUUGGUAUCAUUCUUGCGUAACUAAUUGUUCUUAGGAGAGCACAUACACCAUGGCGUUGCAGGCGGCGGGUACGAAAACCCAAAUGACGCCUGAGGAGCAGCUCGAGGACCUCACAAGGAGGUUCCAGCUCCUCGAGGGCGAGCGCAAGGCGACUUAUGAGACGGCGCAGCUAAACAUCCGCCAAAACAAAGAAAUCAUCAAGCAGAUGAAGGUUUCAUUUCUUGCUUUUUUACUCAUGAUCGCUGUUACUUCUAGUUCUACUCGCUGAUGCACCAUCUGAAUCGUCGUUAUUGUCUGCGUGUUGCCCAUGCACCAUUCCCGUGAAGAUGAAAGAUACUAGAACCCACUUAAUAUAAUCCUAUUUUUUACCCAUCGAUGGAUUUCAGGAACUGUUGAGCAUCACAUUCUUAUUCAUUCAUGAAUAAAAAAAAACUAUUCAGGACGAGAGCAAGAUGUUGCGACAGCAAAUUGCAUUGCACAGGAACGAGUCAGCCCCGAGUCUCGAAAAGCAAGUCGAGGAGAAAACGGCACACUGUACCACAGAUUAACAUGAUGUCAAACAAGCAUCAUCUUCAUAUACAACUUUGCAAGCAGGUCCUGCUCGAAAAAACGAUGUUGUUGAUGAACAUGAAAAAGAUGAUAAACAUACUUAAACUACUUUGGUAUCGUCUUAGUACAUCAUUUGUUCUUUCUCAUCUACGAACAGGCAACUCGUUAAAGCGACAGCUGGAUAGUCUUCGCCACGAGGUAGCUCAGAAGAAGUCCCUGCUCGAGGAUCUUCGCGCAAAGCUGGAGGACCUCCAGGAUGCGUCGAACUCCCAGAACAUCGGCUCCACAGCUCAGUCACGGCAAAUCCGUGUCCUCGAAAAUCGAUUGGACAAAGCCAUGAUAAAAUACAACGAGGCGCAGACCAUUAGAAGAACGUACUACAACUGCUUUACUUCCUCUACGAAGUAUACACUUGCACGACGGCUCAUCUUUUCAUUUCGAUAUUUUUUAACGACUAUGAAUGAUCAUGAUCAUGUAUUCUUAUCACUACAACUUCUAUAAGGAACAACGAGUAUCUCUAUCUGUAACUGUAUCAAAUUAUAAAGUAAAAUCUAAAUAUAUUAUAUAUCAACAUCUUCCCCUCCACAUAUGUUAUCAACUGGUAUCUUCACAGGUAUGAGCAGAUUGUAAAGCGAUUGCGAGAAGAGCGCACAGGAUUUGACUCGCAGCUUGCACAACUCGAGGAGACACUGAGAGCACGAGAAAGGGACUACGAAGAAUUGCUUCUUCUUUCGCACGAUGCUUAUCACGCAAAAGAAAUGGCACAGGCCGAGCUGCAUCGAUUCGAACAAGGUGUCAUGGAAGAGCGAAAUCAAAGGGAUAAAGAGGUAUUGACUCGUGUGAUCAGCGUGACUCUCUUCUUUACGUUCACCUAGAAGCUGAAGCUGCGACGUAGAAAUUCAGUAGAGGCAGUAGACACUUCAUCUAUUUUCGUGCUUCAAAACUAUCACUCCCCGGUUAUUCUAACUACACCCGACGCCAACCUCCACGCUCAUAACAGGUGCAAGAAAAGAAGGCGUUGGUACAACAGCGAGUAGAGAUGAAUCAGAGGCUCCAGCAGCGAGAGCGUAUGCUCAAGCAGCAACAGGAUCUAGAUAGGGCUGGCGAGAUCGCACUCAAGACGACAUCCGCUAUGGCAGAUUUAGCAGCAGGUUUUUAUUGAUUUGAAUUUGUAUUUUGAAUUGAAGGAGCAGAAAAGAGGAGCAGCACUUGUAGUCGGCAUACUUGAGACUUUCUGAUGUCGCUUCCCUUGGACAUUCCCGAUGUCCCGUCGUACUUGGAACAAUAGAUUCGCCCAUACAAAAAAGAUGGAUUCUGGCUGUUCUAGUUUUCAUCAUAAAGAAAUCACAGCAUGAAAAUGUCACAGGUAUUAGCAGCACCCAAGCAGAGGAGGAAAGACAUAGGCUACAUGACUACGAGGAUGCCUUUCGACGAAUCAAAGAAGCAACCGGAGUGUAUUUUUAGAAAUCACGAACACGAACAAGCUUUGGGAACAUCAAAUUAUAGUGAUUCGUAAAAAAUAUAUCAUCACCAUGAUUCAUUUAACAUCAUCUUCCUCGUCCCAUUUAUCAACAUGAUCUAUCCUCUCGUUCCUCCGCCCAACCGCACAGAGCCGAUGUGAACGAGGUCAUUCAGAAGUUCUUGACGCAAGAGGACACACAGAAUCAGCUCUUGAAGCUGACAGUAGAGUGCCAGGCGAAGAUUGACUCUUUAACCGAACAGAGAAAGCAGCUGAAGGGCAUGGUCGACGAACGCAAGUUCAGCUCUGCAGGCAACAUCGGAAAGAGACAGGUUGUAGAUGACUUCGAGACGCAUCUCUCUGAGGCUAGCGCGAAAUGCGAGCGCAACAAGGGCAAGUACGAGAGGAUAGCGAAAGUCCUCAUCGAUUUGAAGACGGGCGUCGACCACUUAGCAACGAAGCUCGUUGGAGUCAAGCUAGAUGGUAUCUCGAGCAGUUUCCCUCUUUUUAGUCUUGACUUCUACCUAUAGAAAGUAUAGAUUGCAUUUUUUACAGAUCAACAUUGUUUGUUUCACAUGAUGCAAGAAAAAUGAGCGGCUCACAGGGUAGUUCUGCUGAUACAGCGGGGCCAUCUGAAGUUGUAUUUCUUGAAACGACGAUAACCGAAAAAUAUGCGCGAAAAGUUUGCGUAUCAGUCGGUAUUAGAAGUAUAAAAUCCAGGCGAGUCUCCGAUCGAGGUGACUGAUGAAACAGUCGAAGACGUUCUGUCCCAGUGCGAGUUCAAGCUCUCGAAAUUGAUGUCAAUUACACAUCUGGAGGGCGCUAAGAUGGGCAAGUCGAGAUCACAGAAGAUCGACCUCGCAUACUACGAAGAAAAGAUGAUGCAGAAAUCGCAGUCCGAUAUUCGUGUCCAUACACACGACCAGGACGAUGAAGAACUCGAUGUACUUACUAUUAUUCCUCUAGUAGUCUAAAAACAAUGUCGGAUGUCCAACUGAGUUUGAUGAAGAUGAUGAGAACAGAUUCAGGCUGGUUCGUUUUCUGCGAGUUUUCUAUAUAUAAGUUGUGUCAAAACGAGUCGAAUCGUUUGUUUUCUCCCUUCUGCUCAUAAACAGGACGAUGAGUUCGAUGACGAUGUCGAAGAGGACGUUUGGAACCGUCGUAGUAUCAAGCACAACUCGCAAGUCAUCCAAGACCAGAACACGAAGCGCAAGAAGCGCGCUGCCGGCAAGGGCAAGAAAUAG